UAAAAAAAAAAAAUUCAGUAUUUGUCGGAAAAUUCGUCGAACGUUUUUUUGACAAAGCUGCUCCGUUCGUCGCGCAGAAUGGUAUUUGUUGGCGAACGCUGUUAUAAGCUUCAUCGAAUUAUGCUUAUAGCUUUGGGAUUAUGGCCGUAUCAGAAACCAUUUAUCUGGCGAAUGCAAGCAGUUUUCUUCUUCAGUGCACAUUGCUGCAAUUUUUUUUUUCAGUUUACAGCGUUUCUAACGACAGCGUGUAACAACACGGAUUGUAUUCUAAAAAGAUUUUCUUAUAUCUGCUUAUCUUGUGUUUAUGUUUUAAGUUACUAUUCUUUCUAUUUCAAUUCUGAAUCUAUAAAGCAAAUGUUGGAACAUAUACAGUUGGAUUGGAAAAUGUUUAAAAACAGUGACACAAUUAAAACAUUUGAAGAAUAUCUCUUCGUAUCUUAUGUUUUCACAUCAUGUGUGUAUAUAAUUGUUUUUAUAGGUACAUUUGUAUUUACGGCUAUUGAAUGUAGAGCCGUCAUUCUUGAUGUUAUCAUACCGAUGAAUAACUCCCGGCCACGUAAACUUGAAGUUGAUUUGGAAAUGUUUGUCGAUAAAAAGCAAUAUUUCUUUUUGUAUAUUAUACAAGAGGUGCUAACAUGGGUGAUUGGCGUAUGCUCGAUAGUUACAACUGGGACGGUCUUAACUACAGUAGCGGAACACUGUUGUGCAGCAUAUAAAAUUGCAGGUUGUUUAAUACAAAAUACGGUGACCAUCCAUACGCUGGCAAUUCCUGUUGACCAACAGAUACCAUUUAUGCAUCGGAGUAUUUGUCUUUCAGUUCACAUUCAUAGAAGAACGAUGGAGUUCUUCAAACGCAUAGUACAUUCGUUUGAUUUAUGGUAUUUGCCGUUAUAUUUAAUUGCUGUACUCUCUUUAAGUUGUUUUUUCUUUCGCUUAUACAAUGCUAUAACAGAGGCCAAUGAUUGGUAUGAUAUUUUUGUGUGCUGUGUGAUUUUGUAUGCUUAUUUACUAUAUAUGUUUGUGGGAAAUUUUCUUGCACAAUCUUAUACUGAACACAGUAUAGAACUAUUAGAAUGUAUGUAUAAUAGUCUUUGGUAUGUAGCGCCAUUACCGAUCCAAACCUUGUUCUUAAUUAUGCAAAAAACUAUAAACAGUCAUAAGAUAGUGAUAGGUGGUCUUUUUACUUCGUCCAUAGAAGGAUUUUCUACGCUUAUAACUACGGCUGUAUCAUAUUUUACCGUUAUACAAACUAUGGAUUUGUGAUCAUGAAAUAAUGACGAAAUAGCGAAGUAGAUUUAAUUAUUACAAAUAAUUGUUCGUACAUACAAAGAUAAGUGACAAAUAUUUUCUGAGU